AUGUGUUGCGCAAAAGGGUCAGGGGUCACCACUUUCGAAGCUUCCUGGUGCCAAACACAAUCACGACUUGCCUUCUCACUUUUGAGGCACACCCGAAGCUGGGAGAUUGUCCACAGCUGGGUGGACCACAAUCUCAAAGUGUGGUCAUUGAAAGCAGAGACAUCGCCUUUACCUACGUUACUGCCAUGGAUAGAAGAAAGGUUUGAAGACCAAACGUUUCUCCGAACCGCUUCUGAGGAGGGUCAUGUGUUGUACUUCAACCUACCAAGCAUGGGGGUGAUCAGUGCAGCGAAAUUGAACUAUGUGCAUGCUCUGUGCACAAGUUUUUUGGCAGCACGUCCGACAAACUCUGUGGCUGUCAUCAUCCAUGCAAACAGAGCAUCUGAAGGGCGAAAGUCCAGAACUCAGGGACAACUGGAAACUGACCAUGAUGAGGAGGGCCCAGAUGAGACGAAACGCGAGUCAGGUGGUGAGUCUGAAGAUGAUGAAGAUGAUAAGGCAGAUGAAGAACACACUCUUUUGAUGAAUUUCAGGCACAAGUUUGAGUCGACUCUGAGGGAACCAGGUCGUAUGCUGAUAGUCAAAGACUUGGUGAUUGCAUUUGAUCCCUCGUCGAUCUAUGGCCAGCGUGCUGGAUUCUUGAAAGGUCUCCUUGUGACAGCGCGCUCUUCAACAGCUCCCAAUGUGUUCUGGCGUUCCCAAGCCUGGCGUCGGGGAACCGUCAGCGAAGUGCAAAUGUGCAGUCGGGCUGACAUGUUCAAAGAGCAUUCGGGUGCAGCUCCUCUCUCCAUGCAAGCUUCCAUGACAGAUUGCCAGGAACAACGACAGGUUGCAGCAGGUACCAGCCUCAUCCGACGGAUUCAGGAGUCACUGGUUUCGGGAGCUUCAUUGCAACGGCUAGCUUGGAUCGAUGCGUGUGGAUAUGACGGGUGGGCAGCCCUUGCUGUGCUAGAGGUCUUUGCCAUGUCAGAGGAACAGGCUACUUUGCUAAGUGGCCGCGAAUUGUGUUCCUUUGGUUCUGGGACGUGGUAUGAUGGGCGGGAUGCAGUGGAAAUGAUGGAGUCCGAUUCCCCAUGGUUGGCGUGCAAACUCACCUUUGAUAGCUUGGUUGUGCUGGAGAAAAAACAGAUUUUGACUCACCUUCAACAGCUCCCCUGCCUGGAGAAACCAACGAACUUACGCGAGCUCUUGACGCUUCUGGAAGACUCUGGUGAGGCCGCUUCUCCGCUGACAUUUGGUGCGAAGUUUGACUUGAAGAAGGUCAUCCAAAGUGACGCCUUGAAAGUUGGCUGGCGGGUUAGGUUGGACACAACCGGCGGCAAAUCCAUUCUGAAGCCACAGCGACCUGUGUGCGUGCUUCACGGGCAGCUUGACCUAGAGCCCGGUCAACCCGUGCAGCUCAUGUAA